AUGAUAGAAUGGCUAACUGCUCUUGAUGACAAAAUGUGCAAAACAAAUAGGAAGAUUUUGUUAUUUCUUGACAAUUGUAGAGCACAUCCACAAAAUUUAAAAUUGAAGGCUGUGAAAUUGGUAUUUUUUCCACCAAAUGCUACAUCUGUGUUGCAGCCUUUAGACCAAGGCAUUAUUCAAAACUUUAAAGUUGGAUAUAGGAAAUUGUUUUUAAGGCAUGUUAUUUCGCAAGCUUCCAGUGAAAACAGUGCUCAGCUUCCAAAGUCCGUGAAUGUAUUGAAUGCAAUCCAGUGGAUCACUAAAGCGGUUUCCUCAAUAUCCAAAAGUUGCGUUCAGAACUGUUUUACAAAAACAGGCUUUAAGAUCCAAGGUGUAAUAGUCAAUGAAAGUAACAACGAAGAAAAUGAACUGUCCGAACUUGCUCGAGUCACUGGCUGUGAUAUUCCGAUUAACGAUUAUAUGGCGAUAGAUGAAAAUUUAUGCACUGAUGACACCAAUGAGGAUAUCACUGCUUUCAUCUCUGAGAAAAUUGAAGAUGCAGGAGGAAGUCUUCCAGAGGAUCUUGAAAGUAGUGAGGAAGAAGAAGAGCCAGAAGAAGAUUGCAAAAUCAAAAAUUAUA